GUGACGUCCCAACUUUUCCAGCUCUGGCCGUGUUGUCACUCAUCAUGGCGUAGAGAUGUGGACUGUCCGGGGUGCUGGUGGGCACGGGAGAAGUUAAGAAACGAGGCGCUGUGGAGUUUUUUAAAUAUAGUCAAGGAAACUCACGAACGGAAAUCCCGAAAUCUCCUUGAGAAGAGUUUCGGUUUAUCAGAGACUGAAGAUGAUGUCUGAUGCCAGCGACAUGUUGGCAGCUGCCCUGGAGCAGAUGGACGGCAUUAUAGCAGGCUCCAAGGCUCUGGACUACUCCAACGGGAUGUUUGACUGCCAGUCGCCCACCUCUCCUUUCAUGGGCAGCCUGCGGGCGCUUCACCUUUUGGAGGACCUGCGGAGCGUCCUGGAGUUGAUGGACACAGAAGAAAGGGAGAGUCUACGCUGUCAGAUCCCCGACUCCACAGCUGACAGUCUGGCCGAAUGGCUCCAGGGUCACCUGUCCAAUGGACAUAUCUCCCUGAGUGGGGGUGACCACUACCAGGAAAGGCUUUCUCGAAUAGAGAGCGAUAAGGAAUCUCUGGUGCUUCAGGUGAGUGUGCUGACUGACCAGGUGGAGGCUCAGGGAGAGAAGAUUCGGGACCUGGACAUGUGUUUGGAUGAGCACAGGGAAAAACUCAAUGCCACUGAGGAGAUGCUUCAACAGGAGCUCCUGUGCAGAACAACACUUGAGACCCAGAAGCUAGAACUGAUGUCUGAAGUGUCCAACUUAAAGCUGAAGCUGAAUACCUUUGAGAAGGACAGACUGGACUUUGAUGACAGAUUUCGAGACAGUGAUGAUUUGAUUCUUGAAAUCAAUGAACUGCGGUACAGACUGACAGAGCUCGAGAGUGAAAAACUACAGUACGAAAAGAAACUUAAAUCCACAAAGGAGGAGCUUGCCAUACUGAGGAGGCAGCUAGAGGGCAAAGACGGAGAGAUGUUGAGACUGCCGGAUGAGACAGGCUUCAAAGCCAUUGCCUCGAGCAGUGCAGAUCCUACAGAGAGAGUUUCUCACCCAGAUGAAACUCUUAGAAAGAGGCUGAAAGAAAAACAUGUGGAAGUGCAGAGAAUGAAAAAGGCAGUUGAAUCGUUGAUGGCAGCUAAUGAAGAGAAGGAUCGUAAGAUUGAAGAACUGAAGCAAUCGCUGCUGAGGUAUAAGAAAGUUCAAGACAUGGUGAUGUCAGUACAAGGGAAAAAAGAGAAAACCAAAGAUAACGAGCACAUCGAGAGUUAUGGCGAAAGCUCCGUCAUACUCAUGUCAUCCAGCCCUGUGUCUGCAGUGUCAGAUGUUGAGCUACCAAGGAGCCCAGAUGAGCUGGACAGCCUAAAUGGUUUAAAUGAAGAGCCUUCGUCCUCACCCAGCCCCACUGAUCCAGAGCAAGUAUCAGAGUCUUCACCAACAGAUGUGGAAAGCAGCCAGGAUACAACAAAGACUGGCAGCCAGGACCGGCUAGAGAGGAGCAAUAGUGAAAAGAACACAAGUGAAGAAGUCAGUAAGACUAGUGAAAAACCACCGAUGUGCCCCUCUGCCACCCUGCCUGCCACCACGGAAGAAGACAGCUUUGGCUCAAGAAAGGCCCGGUCAUCUUUUGGAAAGGGCUUUUUCAAAAUCCGUGGGGGCAAGAAGACAGGAAGCAGCCCUAACCUCGACCGCAGCAGGAGUGCGAGUGCGCCCAUGUUAGCUGAAACAGAGCAACAGGGCACGGAUCACCUAGAUCUAGCGGGGCUGCCGCAGAAGUCGAGUAACAGCAACAGCACCCACACACUCCCUACGACACCAGAGAACAGAAAGAAAUCCAAAGGAAUUAAGAAGCUCUUUGGAAAGCUUAAGAGAAGUCAGUCUACCACAUUUAACCUGGAUGACAACCUCCCAGAGGGUGAGUUCAAGAGAGGAGGAGUCCGAGCCACAGCGGGACCCAGACUGGGUUGGUCUCGUGACCUCCAACGAGUCAGCAAUGAUGUGGAUGCUCCAUUUGCACGCUGGUCAAAGGAUCAGGUGUGUGACUGGCUGCAGGAGCAGGGUCUUGGUCUUUAUGUGAACAUGGCCCGUGGGUGGAUCUCCUCUGGGCAGACGCUGCUUCAGGCCUCACAACAGGACCUUGAGAGGGAGCUGGGCAUCAAACACCCGCUGCACAGAAAGAAGCUGCAGCUGGCUCUGCAGGCCCUUGGCUCAGAGGAGGAGGAUAAUAGGGGAAAGCUGGAUUACAACUGGGUGACGAGAUGGCUGGAUGACAUCGGUCUGCCUCAGUAUAAAACCCAGUUUGAUGAGGGAAGAGUGGAUGGUCGCAUGCUGCACUACAUGACAGUGGAUGACCUGCUUUCUAUGAAGGUGGGGAGUGUCCUGCAUCACCUCAGUAUCAAACGAGCUAUUCAAGUGCUGCGGCUCAACAACUAUGAGCCCAACUGCUUGCGACGCAGGCCGUCUGACGAGAAUAAUAUUUCACCAGCAGAGAUUUCCCAGUGGACAAACCACAGGGUGAUGGAGUGGCUGCGGUCUGCGGACCUGGCUGAAUAUGCUCCUAACCUGAGAGGCAGCGGCGUGCACGGGGGCUUGAUGGUCCUAGAGCCGCGGUUCAAUGUGGAGACCAUGGCCUUGCUGCUGAACAUCCCCCCUAACAAGACUCUGCUGCGCCGCCACCUCGCCACACAUUUCAACCUGCUGAUUGGUUCAGAGGCCCAGCAGCUCAAACAGGAGUGUCUUGAAAACCCAGAUUACACCUUGCUUACUGCCACCACCAAGGUCAAGCCCCGGAAACUGUCCUUUGGUAACUUUGGCAGUCUGAGGAAGAAAAAGCAGGAAGAAAGUGAGGAGUACGUGUGUCCCAUGGAUGUGGAGAUGCCGAAGGGACACAGCUUUCAGAAAGGCUUUGAGCUCCAAAUCUAUGAGGAUGACCUCGACAGGCUAGAGCAGAUGGAGGACUCUGAGGGAACAGUGAGACAGAUUGGAGCGUUCUCUGAAGGGAUCCAAAACCUGACGAGCAUGCUGAAAGAUGAUGAAUUCUUCAAAGAGAUUUCAAAUUCACCCAACCCCAGCGUAACAGAUGAUGAAUCCAACGCAUGAGACUGUCAGCACCAUAAAACCUGGUCCUGCUGUGAAUGAAACCCUGUGCCAAACCUCUCCACUCGCACACAGACUCUUCUCAACAAAGCCCAAGAAUGCGCCCACAUUUCCUUUUAAGCGUUUAAAAAUGAGCCAAAAGUAUUACAGUGUCUUUCCGUUUCUGUUUUUAAACAAUGUUGUGAAAGCCUACAGUGUCUGAUGACAGAGGGAACAUUUAGGGCAACACCACUGCUUGCCUGCCAGCUGGUUUCUGGAGAUAUUUUGUAUGUAGUAACAGUAUGUACUGACAUUUUCCUGUUAAUGAUAGAACUGAAGUGUCAACCAGCAGAAAAGACAUAUAGAAUAUGCCAUUAUAGAUUUAUUAUGUCUUUUAACUUGCCUUCUGAUUGUAGAAAUAUUAAAAACGAGAUUUCAUUCAGAAAAGAUAUGCUGUGCAGAAGGUAGUGUAAAGUUAUAACUCCAAAAAACAGCUGCUAUGUUUUCUACAGAACUGAACUUUUCUAAUUAAAUGGAAAUUGUCUUAUAUUUUAUCCUACAUUGAACAUUUAACAGGUUUUCAUUAGUAAUAUUCUGUAUGCAUUUGCACCAAUACAUAUCGUACAGUACAAAGCCUAAUGAAUAUCAUUGCAUGGUAUUGAAAUCCAACACAUUAAUAUAAAAGCUUGUCAUUUAUUUUAUUUUUUACUACAAAUGGGUUUUAAGUGAAUCAUGAUGGCUGACACAAGAUCGUUUUUUGAAAAGUGUUGUGAGAAGAGCUAAUGUCAGGUUUUCUUAAAGUAAUAAUGUUGUAAUGCAGCUGACUUACCUGAGAAGAUAGGUUAUGUUUUUUAAAAAGGUUUAUCCAUUUGUAAGAUCAAUAAAGUAAUUUAAAUCA